AUGGAAAGAAGUCAUCAGACCUCUUGCCUUGUUAGGUCCAAGUAAGUAUUUUGGGGCGGGGGAGGUUUUGUUUUUGUUUUUUUAAAAAAGCAAGCUUGAAGCCUACAAAAUCCAUGGCAGAGCUGCAUAGUGGUGCAGCAAAAAGAUCAGAAUUCAGUAGUUCUCAAACUUGGAUCACUAGCCGUUAAGACUACAACUCCCAUCAUCCAUAGCCAGGGCGACCCAUGGCCAGGCAUGAUGGGACUUGCAGUCCAACAGCUGGGGACCCAAGUCUAAGGUUGGUCGGUAUUUACUAUUGGUCGGUAUUUUCUACACUGACUGGUAGUACUUCUCCAGGGUUUUAGACAUGGGUCUCUGCCAGCACUACCUGGAGAUGUUGGGGAUUGAAUGCGGGACCUUUUGCACACCUUAGAGCUACAGCCCCACCCACUUUGAGGGAUAAUUCCUAAGGAGGUUUCAAGAAGGCACAAUAAAAAGGUUUUAAAGGGCAGAACUGGAUUAGUCUGCAGCUUAUUAAAAUAGGAACUUCCAGCUUCCUUCAGGGACAUGAGCUUCUAGAGAGUCUACUCCCUCAGAUGCUGAAAUGACUUAAAACAAAAGCAUCAACAUAAACAAAUGCGUUGUUUCCCCUCUCAUAAAACCUGGUGAAAGAAAUAAAGAAGUACUACUUUAAAAGAUUUCACAAAGGCACAUAAAUCAAAGGGCUCACUGCUGUUCAGCUUUGGCACAUUUGGCAGACUGAAUCAUAAGGCUAGAAAAAGCUCACAUUAAAAACACUGCUUUUAAAAGAAAAGACCACCGCCAAGAGACACUGGGAGCAUGAACUCCCAGCAGCAGUACACCAAGGUCUCUGAAUGGCAGUAGGUAUGUACUCUGUUUUCCAGGUUCACCCAACAGUUUUCAUAAAGACAACUGAUAAAAGCAGGAAGUUUGGGGUCUUUAUUGAAGAAUCUUUAAAAUAACGAAUGCCUUUUGUGAUGUUCCUAUACUUUCUCCAUUUUGUUUCUUGUAAACAGGGAGUUGAGCAUCUUCUAAAGUUGUCUUUUCCACUCACUAUACAAAGAAGGUUUAAAUGAAUGGCUGAAACCAAACAGGUUCUCUUGCAAUUACAUUUUUGUAUAUAGUAGUUAUCUCACCACCUUCUAUAAGCACACAUAUUUAUGGAAUUCUGAUGGCAAGCCACAUAAUGUACCAAUGGUAUCUAACUUGGAGUUGGUGUCAAACUAAGGCUCUCCAUUUUUCAGUACUUUUAGCAGAAACUGACAGCAUGAAAAACACUGUUUAUGUGCAAUGUGGUAUAGUGUGGCUCUUUGUGCUGCAGUGUAUAUUGAACCUUCUUCCAUGCCUUCUUCCACCCCCAAAAAAGAAGUAUACAAGAGCUGUCAUAAGCCCCAGAAUGUCACAAAAACUGACACGUGUGUAAAAAGCCCUAAUAAAUCUUUAAUUAGUUUAGUUUUGCUUUUGUGUUUUUACAGGACAAAUUACAAAUUACAAACAUCUGAUUUUUCUCAAAUGUCCAAGGUAUUAUACACAUUCCCAUCUGUCUUGCAGGGAGGAACAUUGGUCAACAUUUUAAAGGUAAAAUAAGCUGCAUAAUAGUACAGAUUACUAUAAUAAAUGUACAGUGUGUUUACAAAUAGUUUAGAAGCAAGAACGAUGCGACUGCAUCAAAAGGCAACCUUUUAAACUGCCACAACUAAAUUUUACAUUCACACUUGCAACAGGUCACAAGAUGGUUACUCAGCUCAAUAAAUCACUAUGAUGCACAAAUACAGCAAAAUCUGAUUAUAUACAUAUAAUACAUAUACAUAUAUAUUGUACAUAUUUGUAUAUGUAUAUAGUAAAUCUCAUGAAAAAUUUACCAGACUUGACAAAAAUCUACUCGCUGGUCAAAAAUAUGUACUUGUUCUUGGUGAGUAGAAUUUUGCAUGGCUGAUUAUAUUACAUAUACUUGUUCAUUAGCAUCCAGGACAUAGACCAAGUUUUUUUCAAAGAUAAGAAACCGUCCAUCAUUAUUAAACAUGUUGCCCACAAAAAAGCACAAAGGUAAGGCACAAUAGGAUUUUCUGUUACAGAAGUGUGCAUCAUGUUCACUUAACCAUAAGAAAACGUGCAUUUGUGCAAGUUCAUGCUGCAGAUCCAUAUCUACAAUAGAAACUGGGCUUUAAUAAAUGUAUUUUAAACUGGCUGGUUUCCCAUCUCUUCACUUAUGCAAUAUCCAGGUGGAUUGACAAAUUAUGCUGCUUCAACAGGAAUUACUGAAUCCAAUUAUUUGAUAUUUUCAACUAAAGGUCAACAUUUUUGUAGUUUUAGGUGUAAACAAUGCACACAUUUAAUAUUGAACAUAAAUUCUUGCUGUAAGUGUUCUGCACUUCUAAGCUCUAACAAUCAAGAUUUUUGUUUCCAAAAAUAUGUGCAUCUGUUUAAUUUCACACAUGCCUAGGUAGCAAAACCAUAUAGGAAAGUAUAUUCCCCAGUGGUCAAUUUUGUCAGAGCUUCUCCUCGUAAUAAAUAACAGCUUUUCACAAAGUGUUUGAGUACCUGCCAAUUGCGUCUUUAUUGCUCACAUAAUUUUGAAUCCAUUAUCACAGUUACAAUAUCAGACCAUUCACACAAAAAUCAUAACCAUAUAUUUUAAUAUAAAACCUAUAAAAGAUAUUUAACUUGUAUCUAAUACUUCAAGGUGUUUGGCCUUUAUGUAAUGGUACAGCCAAAACAUAGAAAACAUUAGGUUAUGAAUAAAAUAGGAAGCUUAUUCACUGCUUUAAUGCAGACAUCCUCACAAAACAAGAUUACUUUUGCUGCCUCCACCACCAGCAUCUACAUUUAUAUACAAAACCAGUAAACCUGUAUUCAGUUUGUUUUCUCUGAGCAAUUACCAAGACAUAAUUCCUUUCUCAUCCUUAGGCAGACACGGAUGAAGCUUUUACAGCAACAGAAGCCAAAAACCAGACAGAAACUAACACUUCUACUUACUUGCCAUCAGAAACUGUAGGUGGUUGUGUUACAAAAUACCCACAAGAUUAUUUCACAGGAACUAUGGAAAUACAGUACAUCUCCAUGCUUUUAG